GACAAGAUGCUGCGCACCCCCAAAUGCUCGAGGUGCCGGAACCAUGGCUUCUUGGUGCCAGUCAAGGGCCACGCGGGCAAGUGUCGCUGGAAGCAGUGCAUCUGCGAGAAGUGCUACCUCAUCACGGAGCGCCAGAAGAUCAUGGCUGCGCAGAAAGUGCUCAAGAAGCAGGCCGCCGAGGAGGAGCAGGAGGCGGCUCUGGGCGCGCAGGGGCCCCAGCUGGCCUCCGGGGCUGCGGCCGCCGCCCCAAGCUCGGGCCUCCAUCCGCUGCCUCCUCUGGCGGCUUCCGAAGGCGCCGGGCCUGGCCCCGAGGGCCGCGUGGCCGCCUGUUUCCUCGCGAGGCCCCCGCGCGGCCGAAGCCCCGGCCCGAGCGCCUUCCAGCCGGUUCUGGGCCGCCGCGGCCACGUGGGGCCGAGCGAACGCGCCGGCGCCUGGCUGCCGGGCCGCGCGGCGGCCCAGCUCGCGCCUGAGGCCGCGGGCAGGGCAUUUCCCUGCCGCCCGGAGCUGCGCAGGCCGCUGCGGCCCGUGGCCGGCCCGCCGUUCGCCGACUUCGCGGACUUCGUACCUGGAGAGAGGACUUCCAAGCUGUACCCCAGCUGCUCCCCCAUGCACUCCUAUCGCCCAUUCUCACUGGGCUACCAGGAUGCAUCUCCAGCCCCAGGGGUGCCCCCGCAGAGGGGCUUCCGGCAUGUCUCCUGUAGCCGUUACCAUGAAGGAGGCUUGGUGUCAGAACCAGUUGGAGACUUCCAGCCAACCUUCUACCCUCCGCCACCACCACCGCCGCCACCGCCACCAGUGCCACAGCCCCAGUUCCUCCCACCAGGCUUUCUCUCUGCGCUCCACUUCCUCCCACCCCCACCACCGCCACCAUCACCACCGUCUUUCUCACUGACCAUCCUGUCUGAUACUGACAAGGAGAACACUGGUGACCAGGAUGCAGAAGUGCCCUGUGAGCCCAGCCAGCCAUCAUCAUCUCAGGAGCAGUCUGACUAA